ACAAGGUGCGCGUGAUACUUGGAAGCCGAUAGCGCCUAUGGAGACACGAAUGUCAAAGAUUACAAUUUUAAUAUUUUAAAGUUCUGGAUUAAAUUGACCCAUACCAGAUAUAGACUUAGGAGAAACGUUAAAUAUUUGAUGAAACUUGCCUAUAUUUUACUGUUGACAAAUGUUUUUACAUAUUCCGUUGGAAUGAUCAGAAGGGUUCAAAGUUGACAGUUUAUUUACUUUAGUUCAUUUUGUUAAAACAUGUAAAAUGAUCGACAUUAACUGUAUGCAGUGACAAGGCUUAACUGACAAGAUUCUUUCAACAGAUGAAAUUUCAACUUGAGACAGGAUGACAGCACCACGUAAGGGAAGUGCGGAUAAAUCAAUUCCGCACACAAGGUUGGAAAAUGAAGACAUGAUAUGGGAGACUUACGAGAUAGGAGAGAAGCUGGGUCAGGGAGCCUUUGGUAAAGUUUUCCAGGUCCGACACAAGUCAACAGAUGAACAAUGGGCAAUGAAAUUUAUUAAUAAAGAAAAGGCCGGGAGUUCAGCUAUAAAGUUGUUAGAGAGAGAGGUUGCCAUAUUGAAAAAAGUAUCACAUUGUAAUAUCAUACAACUUAAUGAAGUUUUUGAAACUGGAAAGCGUAUGUAUCUAGUUAUGGAGUUGUGUACUGGUGGGGAGUUAGCAGAGGCCCUGAAAGAGAAGAAGUAUUUCAUGGAAAGUGAAGUGAAGGUGAUAACAAAGGAACUAGCAAGUGCAAUAGCCUAUCUUCAUAAAAUUGAUAUAGUACAUAGAGAUUUAAAGUUAGAGAAUAUUCUUGUCAGCAAAUUCCCAGAUGCCACAAAUCCUGAAGACAGACUUCAAAUCAAGGUGACAGAUUUUGGUUUGUCUAUAACAAAGAGUGGUGUAGGACAUGAUAAUAUGAUGCAAGAUUUUUGUGGAACUCCAAAUUAUAUGGCGCCAGAGAUUAUAGAUAAUAAAACGUAUAGUCAACAGUGUGAUGUAUGGGCUCUAGGUGUGAUUGUUUACACUUUACUGUGUGGUAACCCACCGUUUCAGGCGAAGGAUGAGGAUACCCUGUAUGAACUAAUCAAGAAAGGUUACAUAGACUUUACCCCUGACAAAAUCUGGAAACCGGUCUCCGACCAAGCUAAAGAAUGUAUAAAGAAGAUGUUAAAUACAGAUCCUGCCCAUAGACUGACAGCCAGUGAAGUAUUAAACCAUCAUUGGAUCACGGGUGACCAAGCAAGACAGUCAGCAAAUGUUCUAGAACUGAUGAAAGAAUGGAAAGAUGAUUUAAAAAUAGAUGGUGAAAAUAGUGCAAUAAAUGGAGAGACAGAUGGUGAGGAGGGCACACAGGUCCACGAUGAGAACCACACAGAGGAAACAAAUAACAAUGAACCUUCUAUAUCAACAUCCAGUGAAACCAACAGAAAGGGUUCAGGAGGAAAGAAGCCAGGCUCAGGAGGGAAGAAUUCAUCGAGAACAAGUCAGAACCGUUCAUCAACGGGAAGCAUUCCACGUAACUCUACUGGGCCAUCUUUGAAAUCAUUGAAUGUUACCACCAAAAUACCUGGCUCUAAAUCACCUUUGCCAAGCUCUCGUACUGCACAGCUGAACACACCACAGCCCCGACCAGGGACACAGAAUGCUCUGAGAGCCACUCCCGUCAAUAACCACAGAAACACGCCAACAUUAAGUAAGGGCAAUGCUGUGAAACAGACUACCAAAAACAAUCCUGUUAAAAAAUAAGGACAGUGCAUACCAAUAGUGUAUUUAUCAGUAUCUGUUUUAAGUGACGUAUUGAAAUGCAAACUUUGACCGUGAAAAUGACCCAUCACUGCAGCAUGUUAUAAAACAGAACUGAAGAUGAAAUGGUGAUUGAAUUGAAUAUAAAGAGGUGAGGUUUGCAUUUGAAAAUGGCUUUUUAUAGGCUUGGAAGCUUCAUUACCAGUGUUAAUGUACAUACAGGU